AUGGAUUUGCAACCGCCGUCUGUGCUGGCGCAAUUACCGCGCCCGCUGCAUGCCUCGACGGGCAAGACUCACAUCAGUGAGGUCUACAGCCUGGCCAAUGCAAAGAAGCGCAAGAGAUAUGAGGUUGCUGUCGCUGUCGAUGGUGAAGCUGUUAAUCUGUACAACAUUCAAAACCCCAAAUUGGUCACCUCGUACGCAGUUUCUCCGAAAUCGUCGUUUUCUUGCCCGCCAUGCUCGUUGCGCAGGAAGCUCGCCAAUGGUGUUAAGAGACAGACGUUCGUUGCAGUGAAAAAAGAUAUCAAGGCGUUUACUGAAGAGAGUGGCGCGGGUGGAACUAGUGCACCCGUCAUUUCUUCCUCGACCUACACCGUGGACGAUUCGAAGAGCCCGACGAUUUUUGUUGGCAUUGUUCCGGGGUUGGAUACCGAAGACGAGAACACGGAUUCGUUUGACGUUUUGGCCAUUCAUCGGGAUGGCCGUGUACGCCGGCUGUCUCCCGAUUUAGAAUCUCAGCGAUGGAGCCAACGACAUAGCGCAAUCGCUCAGGGCGCGGAUUACGAAGUUCACGGGUGUUUUCUCCUGGAGUUUGAUGACGCUAAGAAAUCCCUACUUAAGCGACGACCGGACCUUGUCUCCCUCGCAGCUGGGGACUCUCUGAUCUCGGGAGGCGACGACCCCUCAAUAUUGCUGCUCGUUUCGUACCCCGCUGGAGCUGAACAAAUCAGUCUAAGUGAAGUUAGGAUCCAGGCAUUCUCAAUACCUGCUCAAGUCCCAGGCCGAAAUCUCGACGAAAGCCAACAGAUGAGGCAUCUUAUGACAAUUAACCUUCCAAAUAUCGGCGGGGAAAGGAUUUCUUGUGACAAUAUGAAUUGGCAGUUCCAUUGCGGCUCUGCAGGGUUGAACUUGUCCUUCGAGAAGGGCUUCGUCAACUUUGACCUCUCCCAAUACACGCCUGCCACAACGUCUAAAUUUAUUCUCGACGCCGAGGACUUUUCGUCCGUCAUGCGUAUUUCCCCUCAGACCGUUAUCGGGGCCGGAAAGUCCAUGAUCGCCCUGUACGAUACGCAAUAUAAGUCUAUCCAACGCAGCAUCGUGACCGAGGACCUUCCAUCAACGGCUACCAACAGUGCACGUACCACAUUCAUAAAUUAUUUUGCGAAACUUGACCUAGUAGUCGCCACAAAGGGUAACUCUUUGCUUGCGUUUGACCUCGGCUCGUCCCAAAGCAUUUCUGGCAUACCAGGCAAGCGGUCUCGAGACGGUCUGCUGAUCGAUGCCAUUGGCCGCGGUAUUGGAUCCGCAUCACAUUGGGAAGGCGUGUCCAAGAAGCACCGUUCCAACGAAACCGCAGCUUUGGGCCUCGAUUCAUCUGAGGACAUCGAAAAGUGGAACAAGUUCUCGCGUGAGGUUCGCCAAUGCGCGAAGAACAAAGACGGCCAUGGAUUUGACCGUGCUGUUCAGGCUUAUUGCGGUACUGGGGAUUCUCAACCUUUUCCUUCGCCUGGUCAAUAUGUCAACACGGAGACGGCCCUUUUCUUAAUAUCUCUCAUCUUCUCCGUAGCGAGUGAUGGCAACAUCGACAAGCUUUCUGCAUCGUCGUCCAUUAACCUGUCUGUCACUAUUUGGCCGACACAGACAUGCGAAUGGCUUAUCAGCUUGGGACUCCUAUACCCCGGCAACGUUGAAGCCGCCUUACGCCGUGCCCACAAGCCGCGUAUCCUCCCUCAACUCCCAAUCGGCACCUUCACCAAGGCCUUGCAAGACUCCGACCCUUCGCUCCAGCGCUUGAUCAGUGUACUUCAAGGCCCCGCCGCUGCGUUUAGUGCAGACGAGCUUUCCCACGCGUUGAAGAUUUUCCUGACCCUCGCUCGCUCAAGCGUUAUCUCCACCGAGGAAGACGAAUCACCGAAAGCCCUAACAAACGGCGAAGAAACUACUGAACUCUCCCAAGCGUCACCCUCAUCCUCAACCGCAUCCAUCCAAACCAUCUUCACCGGCGUGAACUCCUGUCUCCUCAAACUCAACGCGCACCCCCACCAAACUACAACAACCUCCCUCCGUGCCUCCCUCACCCGAACUGACCUCAUCUCAACAAUCCACCACCUCCGCCUCUCCCUCGCAACAGGCGGCCACACAACUCGGUUCACCGAAACCCCUCCCACCCCCAUCUCACCGGCUCUCACAUCCCCCCUUCUCCCUCUCCAAACGAUAAUCGCCCUCCUCAAUGCCGCUGUCGACGCCAUUGGCCCGUCAGGAUGGGUAUCCAUCUCCCCAGCGGACUACAACACCGCCGCCGCAUCCUCAGACCCCGAAGAAGCAGCCAGCCUGCGCGACAUCGCGCUCAUUGCCGAGAUGAAAUCCGAGGUCUCGGCCGCCCUGGCCGGCGUUGAAGAAGCGUCUCUCCUAACUGGGUUCCUACGUGAAUACCUUCGGUACGCGAAGAGCGUGGACUCCCGCGUCCUCACCAAUACAACCACGGCCACAGACGAAGCUUCCAAACUCCCUGCAACAACAUCCACAGCUGUUCGCCACGAAAAGCUCAACGGCGCAGACCUCCUUGUAUUUGGUGCGCAUGAUGCCGACGCUGACGGCGAGGGUGGCGACGCAAGUGGGAAACUGCUGCCGCUGUCGCUCAAGGCUGAUAAGGGAGUUAGUCGGACGAAGGUGCUUAAGGGGACCGGACAGGUUGUGCAGCGGAGCAAACGUGAGAUGGGCUAUUUGAGACGCAAGGCGGUUGGGAAGUAUACAUUUGAGCGGUUGGUUGUUUAA